AUGUUCGGACCGGGGCAAGGCCACAACUCGCGCCUCAAUGGCGCGCCUGGCGGCCGCGGAAUGAAUCCCCUGAUGUACAAUUUCGUCCAACAGUCCCAGGGCGGCCAUCAACACCACACCCACCCGCAGCCGCACCACCAGGCCCUCAACCAAGACCACAACUCCCACAACACCGCCGCUUCCGCAUUGAACCAUUCGGGCUUCUCGUCUGGCAUCUUGCCGAACGUCACGCCUUUCACACCGAGCAGCCACCAGAAUGGACACACGCCCAACUCGAGAGGUGGCCAGGGCCAACAGCUCACCGAGUACCAGAGGAUCCAGCUUGCCGCCUACGAGGAAUCCCACAAGGCCGACCAGGCCAUGAAAGACCAGCACCAACCCCAUUUCUUCGCCCGGGUCAAGGCUGCCGAGAACCGAGGCGUCGGGGCGCCCUCGAUGCCGACCAUCACGGCGGCCACGAACAGCAACAACGAUGCGGCGGCGGUGGACGGGGAGGAUGAAGACAGGGGACGGCCCGUCGCCAUUGAAAAGUCGGACGGUCGUCAGGAUUGGCGGAGCUUAGACAUGAGCGGACAGGGCCUCAAAGCCAUAUCGUUGACCGUGUUCAAUACCUUCUCGUUCGUGGAAGAGCUCUAUCUCCCCUCCAACAACCUCCGUGAGUUGCCCGCGGCGAUUGGUCGCCUUAGGAAGCUACACCACCUCGACGUGUCCUUCAACAAUCUCACGCAGCUUCCCCCGGAGCUCGGUAUGUGCACGCCUCUACGCAAGCUGUUAUUCUUCAGCAACCAGGUCCAUGAUCUACCGUACGAAUUAGGCGCAUUGCACUCGCUAGAACUGCUCGGCCACUACAACAACCCGCUGAAACCCGAAUUAAAGCAAAAGCUCAACGAAGAAGGCACCACGAGCCUGAUACACUUCCUCAGGGAGAAUGCUCCAGUUCCUCUGCCCCCUCAACCACGAGCGCCCGUCCUGCUCCAAGAGGAUGUUCCGGCUUCCUUGGAACGCAUUCGCAUUCUGUCGUGGAACACACUGUGUGACAAGUACGCCACGAGCCAACAAUAUGGGUAUACGCCGUCGCUCGCUCUGCACUGGGAGCAUCGUAGGGAUAGCAUAGUCGCAGAGCUGCGCGAGCGUGAUGCCGAUAUUCUUUGUCUCCAAGAAGUGGCUGGUGACGCAUACGACAGCUUCUUCGCACCGGAGCUAGCCAAGAAUGAUUACAGGGGUGUAUACUGGCCAAAGACGAGAGUAUCUCACAUGCGCGACAAAACCGAGCAGGGACUGGUCGACGGCUGUGCCAUCUUCUACAAAAACACCAAAUAUAUUCUACUCGACAGGCAGCUGGUCGACUUCAGGAACCAGGCUAUCAAUCGGCCUGAUUUCAAGGCCACGGAGGAUGUCUUCAACCGAGUGAUGCCCAAAGACCAUAUCGGUGUCUUUUGUUUCUUCGAGUCGCGUACCACGGGUGCCCGUUUCAUAGUUGUGAACGCGCACUUGUGCUGGGAGGGCCAUCUUGCUGAUGUCAAGGCCGUUCAGACGGGCAUUCUGAUGGAGCAUGUGACCAAGAUGUCUGAACGCUACACUCGGAAACCGCCCGUGUCCAUUAGCGAAAAGAAGCUGAUCAGGUCGCCCGAAACUGACGAGGUCACGGAACUAAGCCCCGAGGAUUACACCGAGCCGUUAAUGCCGAGUCAGGACUACCGCAACAACACCGAGAUUCCUUUGUUCGUCUGUGGUGACUACAACUCGGUACUGGACAGCUCUGUGUAUGAACUACUCGACAAGGGUAGGGUAUCUAGCGAACACCCCGAGCUCAAGGGCCACAACUACGGCAAUUUCACGCGGGAUGGCAUAUCGCAUCCAUUCAGUCUGCGAUCGGCAUAUUCUCACGUAUAUAGGACCCAGGAGGAUCUCCCCUUCACCAACUACACACCAACCUACACGGGAGUCAUCGACUACAUCUGGUACUCAACAAAUUCUCUCGAGGCCAUCGAACUCCUGGGACGGCCGGAUCAGGAAUACCUGUCCCGCGUUCCUGGCUUCCCCAAUUGGCAUUUCCCGUCUGACCAUAUUCAUAUCAUGGCCGACUUCAUCUUCAAGCCGCGGAAAGACAAGAAAGCGCUGCCAGAGAGGGAACGGGAAAGGCCCGACGGGUCAUCGUCUUCCAGAACUUGA